AUGCCGGAAGACUUAGCCGCCACCCCUCUACCAAAACACUUAUUGACAGUCGACGAACCAAUUACCUCUGGUACUUCCACGCCAAUUGCCAAUGCAGCAGUUGUGUCAAGUCCGUCUCGAGCACACCAAUUCGGCACCAACCCCCCACUACUUUACUCCCAUCUUCAUCUGAACCCGCUGCACCAGUUUCACACCUGGUUCAAAGACACCAGACUACCUGCAUCCAGUGCACCAGAGACUUGUACGUUAGCUACUGUCAGUAUGCCCGCUGGCCGCCCCAGCGCACGUAUCGUGUAUUUGAAAGAACUUGAUGAGCGAGGAUGGGUUGUCUACAGUAACUGGGGCAGUCGAGCCGGUAAGGGCGGACAGGUAUUUGGGAAUGAUAGGGAUGGGGACGGCGAAGCCAUGUCUCUUUUUGAUGGAUCCGAUCCCCAGCUCAAGGAAGGAAAUAAAUGGGCGGCAUUAACGUUCCAUUGGCAGAGCGUCGAACGCCAGGUUCGGAUUGAAGGCCUAAUUGAGCCGCUUUCGAAGGAAGAGAGUGAGACUUACUGGCGUGUGCGUGAAAGAGGAAGUCAGAUCGGUGCCUGGGCAAGCCAACAGAGUAAACGGCUCUGGUCAAACGAUCAACCAGGUGCUGAAGAAGGAGACGAUGGACGGUCUGUCCUCGAGAAUCGAGUGAAGGAGAUGGAAGCCCGGUUCGCGGACGUCAAGGAGAUUCCGCUGCCGCCAUUCUGGGGCGGAGUCCGGCUUGUUCCAGAGUCCGUAGAGUUCUGGCAAGGUAGAAAGAGCAGGUUGCACGACCGCUUCAGGUACGUCAGGCAACACAGUGCCGAUGAGUCGGAUGGCAAUGAGAAAACCUUCAAGUGGAAAGUAGAACGACUCUCUCCAUGA